AUAGUUCACAAUUAAAUUUACAAUUAAAUAUCAAUUAGCAGAUUUCACAAAUCUGCUAAUUGAUAUUUAAUUGUAAAUCAAAAAAGGCUUAUUGGGAAUAGUCAUCAACAGAUUUACAUUUCGAUGAAGGAAUGAGGUCUUAACUCACAUUUGUAAAUUAAAUACGACGGCGCUGAAGACAUAUGUGUGACGUAUCAACCUACAUAUUAAUUAAAGCCUUUAUUCGCAUUUCAAAAUCUGUAUACAUAUCCAUAUGCAUAUAUACCCAUGAAUAUCUAUUCUUCUAUGUCUUUUAUAUCAACUAAAUAGAUAAAUCACUAUCGCCAAUAUAUCUCGUUUUCAACGCUUGUCACUUUCAGUUAUUUCUCAUGUCCUACCUUAAUAAUCCAACUGAAUUUACAUUGAUAUUAAGAAGUAAAAUUAAAGUCGCAUUGAUUGCACUAAUGGUUUUCUCAAAUAAAUGGCAACUAUGUUACUGUGGCGUACAAUACAGCAUAGUAAUUUUCCCUUCAAUCAUUCCACGUGUUCUAUCAUGUGGUACAACAAUGGUCCUAUAUAAACCAAUGCGCGUUGUCGAUUCGAAAACAACGAAGUUAAAGGCACUCACCGAAAAUCCGGGACGGAGCCUAUAAUCACAUAGGACCUGGCCCAGUCGUCUGCAUCCAAGUCAUAGAAGUCUGCUGAGGAAUGCAUCUUGUACCGACUUCGUGCUGUUGACAGUACAUACUACAAGUAACCCAGAUACAUGUGCACGAAAUAAACUCGGGUUUUAUUGUCGUAGUAUUGGCAAUUGCAGUUCUCGUGUACUAGAUGAUCUAAGUGCAGGUUUGAGAAUGCUAAGCUAAGAAAUAAUGAACACUUACGCAAUGUCCUGGAGAAAAUAGUAGGUCAGUUGAAGCUACAAAAGCUACAAUAGUAAAGCGUGAAUCACUGUUAUUUUGACCGCUUGGACCUAAUUAUUUUAACAACAUUAAGAGCUAUUAAUAAAGUGUUACAUGCAGUUUGUUAGAACUUUGAUGCCUGAUGUAGUUUAAACUGACCCUUAGUGGACUACAAGAUGAUCGAAUCGAUCUCAUUGAGGAAGCUCAUCUUUGUGACACUAUUCCUGAUUUUCGCCUGCCUACUUAUUCUUACUCUGGAAGGCUUUUUGGUGGAGACAACAUCGAACCAUACAGUCGCACAUGAAAAGGGGUGCUGGGACGAGGAAGAUUUUGCCAUCAAGCAGCCCUGCACUCCUUGUACAGAUUUUGAUAAGAAGUCAAAGCAUAUUCUCGCGUGCGUUACUUCGAACUAUAAAGAACUAGUAACAUGCGCUAAGAGUGGUGACAGGUUCCGACCAUGCAGCGACUCGGAACUACUUCAUUUCUACAGAUUUGAGCUAUUAACAUGGCUCCUAGGAGGUCUGAGUUCUGCAUUUGUAAUCUUAAGAAGAAGAACGCUAGAUAAACGCAUGUUACAAAGAAUACAGCAACAAGUAGCUGCAGCGUCGCUAUGGCGUUCAUCUCGAAGUCAGUUCUCUGGUUCUCAAUGCUUAGUCUGGUCCACUGUGGUCUUUCUGCCGCUCAGCACAAUUGACAUUAUUGUGCAGACACUGAUAUCCCUAUUGACUGCCAUGUGGGCGACUUUGGGUGUAGCCGGCGAAUUUCGAGAAGUGCGAGCCACUGCUCAGCUAGAGAACAAGACAUUCGAAACAGCCGCUAACUGUCCCAACUUCUACACAUUCCCGAGGCAUAAAGACAAGUUAGUGAAAGAUCUGCUUGUCUACGAAUAAAUGAGAGCAGAGGCUCUAAAUAAAUGAUGUAGAAUAAUUGUACAAUAUAUUUAUUCAGUGAACGAUAAAACGUAAUUUAAAACUCCAAGCAAUUGAAAACAGAAGGAGAUCUUGAAAAUAAAUGUACUGAUAUGUUUUAAAAUCUGCAUAUUGUUUGAA